GAGGAGAAGCCGGAGUAAAGUUUGUCCAAGUUUGCACAUCCCUUCGGAAACGCCAUUUUGAUUCCUCUCCUCUUCGGUGCAACUUUACAGCCUCUCGGUCCACCCCCCCCCCCCUCUUCUUCAUCAUCCCCGCCGUUCAUCAUCAUCAUCAUCGCGGCCCCCCCCCGUCAACGCCGCCACCAUCAUCAUCCUCCUCGCCACGAUGUCUCGGCGCAAGCAGCCCAGCCCAAACAAAGUCCGCCUGUGAAGUUGCAGAUAUUUACACAGCAAACCCCGCCCCUCCUGCCCCGCCCCCGAGAAACUUGAGCGAGUGAGCAUUGCUAAACGAAAAGAACGUCAUGGAGAACGCCACAGAGGAGCUGCAGUUGGAGGGAGGAGCUACUGCUGAGCUCCACAAGGAAGAGGCGGAGCUAAAAGAGAAAAUACCUCAACAGGAGCCAAAAGAAGCCAUGAACGGCGUGCUGGAGAAUGCCAAGGAGGCGGCGGGAGGAGAAGAGCUGUCCUCCAUCAACGCCAUGAUGUCAGCCGUGAUGUCAGCGGCGGGGACCAUCAACGGAGGGGACGCAGAUAACGAGAGCGGAGCAGCGUCGGGGAACUCCUCUGCUGGCCCCUCCCCCAGUCCCUCACCCGGCAAGUUAGUGACGGCCGCAACGAGAGCUCCGCCCAGCCGCAACGCAAGACGCACCCAGGACGCCAAAGACGACAGCUCCGCCUACAUCUGCCCGCUUUGCGACAAGAACUGCCAGACUCAGCACCAGCUGACCAUGCACAUCCGACAGCACAACGCCGACACCGGCGCCACCGACCACUCCUGCAGCAUCUGUGGGAAGUGCCUGAGCUCGGCCUCGUCGCUGGACAGACACAUGCUGGUGCACAGCGGCGAGCGGCCGUACAAGUGCAGCGUCUGCGGGCAGACCUUCACCACCAACGGAAACAUGCACAGACACAUGAAGAUCCACGAGAAGGACCCCGCCAGCGGCCUGCUGCCCAUCAGCAGCCCCCCCUCCCCCACCAAACGCCGCCGCCCCUCCGUGAAAAGGAGGCAGGCCCAGGAGGAGGAGAACGAAGACGAACCGCAGAGCAAGAAGGUGAUGGAGGACGGCGUGGCCGAGGAGGAGGCUGUGGGGGCGGGGCUAGGCUCAGAGGAGGAGCUGCUACCGUGUCCAAUCUGCUUCAAGACCUGCAGCUCCAGACUGGACCUGGAUGCUCACAUGGACUCGCACCCUGACACCGCCCUGAGGUGUGACCUCUGCUGCUUGUCUUUCCGAACCCACCGUGGGUUACUGCGCCACAACGCGGGGGUUCACAAACUCCUCCCCCAGGACCCCAACGGCCGCCCUUUCAUCCAGAACAACCCCUCCAUCCCCACCGGCUUCAACGACCUGGCCUUCAUCGACUUCUCCUGCAAGAAGUUUGCUCAGAUUGCGCAGGUCUGGUGCGAGACGAAUUUGCGGCGCUGCAUCAGUAAGUUCCAUCGCUUCGUCUGCGACGGCUGCGACAAGGCCUUCCCGCUGCGCUCGGCGCUGGAGCUACAUGAAAGCACCUCCCACCCCGACGCUCCUGCUGCCGCUGACGGCGCCAAAGAGAAGGGCGAGGAAGGCGGAGCAGCUGAAAACGGCAUUGAAGGAGGGCAGAAUGCUGAAGCCCCGCCCCCAAUUCAGGCCAGCUUCCUGGAGGGUCUGGGCCUCCUGCACGUGUCAAAGGUCAAAUCUGGCCCCACUGAUGACGAGAUCCACCAGGCCCACUUGGACAGUAUAAAGGUGAUUCAUGUGGAGCCCCCCUCCUCCAGCCUCCCCCAAGAACCCGCCUCCGCCUUCCUCUCUGGAGGUCUGGGGUUAACCCUGGGUCUGGGGGUGAGCGGGCUGGCUGCUCUGAGCAUCCCGCUGCUGGAGGCGUCCAGCUCCGUCCUGCAGGGUUUGUCUCAGGGGGACGCGCUGCGGCUGCUGUCCCUGCAGCCGUUCCAGAAGGGCUUCCUGCUGCAGCCUGACGGGGGCGCCAGCGCCGCCUCCUCUGGCGCCAAGCCCGGGGACGCGGGCGGAAGCGAGAUCAUGGAGCUGGCGGACAUCCAGCAGAUCCUCAAAGUGGCAGCCGCUGCACCCAAUCAGAUGGGACUGCCGCCUCUGGCCAAAGCCCCAGGAUUCGCUGCAGGUCCAAGUCAGAAGGCGAUGCCCCCGCUGAAACCCAAACCCCCCAACAGCCCCUGUUCCAGCCUGACGGCAACCACUCCACCCCCCCUGCAGAGCUCCCAGCAGGCCUCUCUGGGCUGCAUCAGCCCCGGCCUGCCACCCCCCACCCCCCACAAGGCGCCCCCGUCAGCCGGGACUGCGGGACAGGUGGAUGCAGAAAGCCUGGGUGACUCCCCGGUCUCCGACUCGCCGCCCAUGAACGAGGAGGCGGGGCAUGGAGGAAGGAAGCCGGGGACCAAAGGGGGGGCCAGCACCGGCUCGGUCAAAGGCUCGUACCCCUGCCGCUUCUGCAACGAAGUGUUCGCCUUCUCCGGCGUCCUGCAGGCUCACAUGCGCUUCCACCUGGGAAUCCUCCCCCACCAAUGCAACAUUUGCGACUAUGUGGCGCCGGACAAGGCCACGCUGAUCCGCCACCUGCGCACACACAGCGGGGAGCGGCCGUACGUCUGCCGCGUCUGCCACUACCCCUUCACUGUCAAGGCCAACUGCGAGCGCCACCUGAGAAAGAAGCACGCCAAGACCUCCAGGAAGGACAUUGAGAAGAACAUCAAGUAUGUCACCUCCACCACCACCAUCUCCGCCCCCAUCACCCCCACACCAGACUCAGAAACGGGCUGCGGCGGAGCGGAAACCACCUGCCGUUUCUGCGGCGAGGACCUGAAGAGCUACCGCGCGCUGCAGAUCCACCUUCGCACGCACAACGGCUGCCAGAAGAAGCCGUUCGAGUGCCGGCGCUGCGGCGCCGCCUUCCUGGCCAAGCGGAACUGCAUCCACCACCUGCUGAAGCAGCACCCCGAGGUGCAGGAGCGGGAAAUCGAGGAGCACAUUGCCACGCUGCUGCCCGCCAGCGCCGCCGUCAUGGCCGCCCGCACCGCUCCACCGAACGGGCUGAGUCCAGCUCAGGUUCUGUCGGCGGUGAAGGUGGAGGAGCUGCCCCACCUGGUUUACCCCGCAGACCUGGACCAGCCGCUCGACUUCUCCGCCAAGGGCCUCGGCAGCCGGGGGGGUUCUCCUGCAGUGAAGGUUGAGAGCUUCGACUGCUCUGCCCUGGACCAGCCCAUCGACCUCUCCAUCCCCAGCAAGCGCCAGCGAAGGGAGGCGGGGCCUGACAGGGCAGACAUCAAGACGGAGCAGAGCGGCGGCCUGGAGCAGACGCACGCCGUCACGUCGUCCAAGGACGAAAAGGUGAUGAGCGGGCUGCACCCCCACCCCCAGUUGGGCUGCUAUCAGCUUCCGCCUGGUUCCACUCCUCCCCCCACCCCACUCGCCGGCCCAGCACGCGCCCAGCGCCUCAAACCGCUGCUGCCCAAACCCGCCUCCUCCACGGCGUCUCCGCCCUCCCUGAAGGAGCUGCCCCCGCUGGCCUCCAUCGCGCAGAUCAUCAGCUCCGUCUCCACCGCGCAGGACCUGCUGAAAAGGGAGGCGCCCUCUCUGGACGCUAAACCCCAUCUGCCCACCGCCUCUGUAAACCCCCCCGUAGACGCGUCCGGCGCUGCAGCCGCUCAUAGUGAGGAGGCGCCCGACGGCAGAAGGCGGUCUCGGAAGAAGCCGGCCUCGGUGGGGGGGAAGGAAAAGCCCGGCGCCAUCGACCUGGAGUCCAGCGGGGAGUUUGCGAGCGUGGAGAAGAUGCUGGCGACCACCGACGCCAACAAGUUCAGCCCCUUCCUGAAGACCGGAGCGGGAGACCUGGCUGGAAAGAGAGACCCGGACAGGAUGGCAGGAGGAGCAGAGGAGAAGGAGGGAGGAGCAGCGGAGGAGGUGAAGCCCACAGCUCCUCAGUCCAAAGGGAAGAAGAACGCCUACUCCAACUCUGUCCAGAAGAUGACCUGCCCCUUCUGCCCCCGCGUCUUCCCCUGGGCCAGCUCGCUGCAGCGCCACAUGCUGACGCACACGGGUCAGAAACCGUUUCCGUGUCCGCGCUGUGACGCCUUCUUUUCCACCAAGUCCAACUGUGAGCGCCACCUGCUGCGCAAACACGGCGUGACCCACCGGACGCUGCGCCGCAACGGCAUCAUUGAGAAGAAGGACGGAGACGAGGGCUCGCACGAGAGCGCAGAGAGCCAGUCGGAGACGGAGCAGGUGACCCCAGAAGCACAGGUCAACGUGGACGCUAACCCCGCCCCCGCUGGGGAUAACCCCUCCCCUUGUGAAGGCACACAGCUAAGCCCCACCCACAAAUCUAACCAAGACUCCAGCCUGUCUGCAGAGCAGCUGCAGGAGGAGACCCCCGAGCAGCUCGACCAGCAGGAGGCGCCGGAGCCCCCAGCAGCUCCUGCUAAACAGCAUCUGCCCACUGGAAAGGUGGAGAGCACCGAUGAUGAAGACUGUCACAGCAACAAGAGUCUGGACCUAAACUUUGGCAAAAAGCUCAUCGACUUUAAGCUCACCACGUCGUCCUCAGGCUCCGCCCCUCAGGAUGAACAGCCCGCCUCCUCCUCGCCACCCUCUGGCUCAGCCACGCCCGAGCCCACGGAGACCCCCGAGGAGAAGGAGAAACUGACGGCCUCUCCCUCCCCAGCCUGCAGCUCGGCUCUGAGGUCGGAGUCCAAACACGUCUGUCACGUCUGCAGGAAGAGCUUCCGCUACGCCACCACACUCGCUCGCCACGAGAGAGCCCACGUCUCCGAGGAGACGCCCGCAGACGAAGCCCCGCCCAUGAAGAAAGAGGAGCCAACAGAGAGCAAAGCUGCUGAAGAGGAGACGGAAGACAAGGAGCUGGACAUGGAGGACGGAGGGAAGGGAGGAGACAGCGAAGGAGGAGAGACUGGAGAGUCAGAGGAGGAGAAAGAGAAGGAGGAGAGGAGUGACGAGGAGACGUCAGAACCAAAGAGCUCAGAGGGAGGGGAGGCGGCGGGGGGGCGGGUCGACAAGAGGAAGAAGAUCUGCUCUGUGUGCGGGAAAAGGUUCUGGUCCCUACAGGACCUGACCCGGCACAUGAGGUCGCACACAGGGGAGCGGCCGUACAAGUGCCAGACCUGCGAGAGGACCUUCACGCUGAAGCACAGCCUGGUCCGACACCAGAGGAUCCACCAGAAGCUGCGGGGCGCAGACGGCUCGUCCGCCGCCAACGAUGACGCCAGCGAGGACGGGGACUCUUGCACCCCCACCCCCACCUCCACGUGCCCCCCCUCAGAGAACGAGAGCGAGUGCGGCAGUACCGUCGUCGGGGCCAAGGAGCUGGAAGAGGAGGACGCCGCGAAGGAGGACGGCGAGGGUCAGCAGGAGGAUCUGCCCGCCACGGAGGCGGACGUUCCCGCCAAGCAGCCCGAUUCAGAACCUGAGCAGCACCAGGAACCAGAACCGAACUCCGCAGCGCCUUCCACUGACCAGCAAGCUACUGAUUCAAACACCAGCAUCGACUCGCAGGCGGCAUCCCCCAAAGACCCCCCCACGCCGUCCAGCUCCCCAGCUGGAGACGCCCCUACGCCCCCCAGCACUCAAGGCUUCAUCCAGGGGCUGCUGGAGAUCCACAGCAAGCCCCCACUGGAGCACAUAGUUCCCAACGGAAAGCCUCCUCUGGUGGGGGUAGACUGAACCCCCCCCUCAGCCAGCAUCACCGCCGUGCCAUUCAUGAUGCAAACCCAGCGGGCGGGGUCCCGGCGGACGCCCGGCGGACGCCCGGAAACCUCGUUUUCUUGAAGUGCCUUAACUACUAGUCCUGCGUGGAAGCGAGUCUGCAUGGAGGACGAGUUCCUUUUAUAGCUUUUUAUGACACUGAUCUACUCUUUUUUUUUUUGUGCGGGGAAUCUAGAUUUCAGCAAUAAAAUUAAUAUACGAUCGCAGUUUAUUAUUGUUCUAGAUCUUUUUUUUUUGAGUUGAUGAUCAAAUGCAGAGAAUGACGGGACUGAAGCAGACUGUCGGUGCGGCAGACCCCCCUCCCCACACCAUGCGUGGCCCCCCCCAGGGCCGCUUCGCCAGCAAGUCUCUCACUGUGACCCCAGGAGGAGGUCGUAACUGGAAAAUGCAGAAGGUCGGCUCCCGGCCGACCCCAUCUCUUUGCUGAUUCAGCAAACAUGGACGUUCACAAACUCAAGAAAAACUUUGACUGGGCAGGAAGUGGAGUUUUCCCUCCACGUCCACCUAUCACGCUAUUGAUCUUUGCCCCCUCCGGAUUUUUUUGUUCUUGAAUUAUACUCCUCAGUUGAUUCCAUGUGUGUAUAAAGGUUUUGUUUUUCAGCAUGUGUGCGAUUAGCAGUGAUAUUUAGGUGUGGGGAGGUGAAUAAUUAGUUGUUGUAUUUUUUUUUUGAUAACUGAACAAAUCAUUUUGUGAGUGUGAAUGUGUGCCACCCUGUAGUGUUAUUUUAGGGUUAAUGCCAGGGCCUCCAGCGCUAACACCUGCCCAACUUGUGUUUACCUCAACCUUCACCUUUCAACUGCACCCACGAAGGCGUCCGGCAGCAGCGCAGUGUGCUGACUCUUUGAUCGCUUGUCUUCCAUAAGGUGGUUCACAGAGUAACGUCAAGGAAGCUUCAUUGUUCCAGCACAGGCUAACUCACGCUAACUUGCUAGUAGCGGCUUGGACGACAAGCUACUUGAACCAAUUAGAAUCGCUAAAAUCUAAAUGUCGGAGGUUAAAGUGUUUUUCUGAAUUAGCUUAGUCCUGACCACAGCUCAGAUAAAGGGUGUGUAAUGGUUGAAACAUUUUUGUAUCAAAUUAUCCGCCAGGCUAGCAUAGCUAGCUAAGAUAUACUCAGCAAAGUGCUUUGACCCGGUAGCCUAAAGCUCAAAUAUCAGUUUUAACAUGUAGUUUUGCUAAUCAUAACCAGCGGCUAAACAGUUAAUUAAAAGUCAUAACUAACAGAAAUGUCUUGAGCUCUUGACCAAUAAUUUCAGGGUUUUACACGUUAGCCUAACCUUCUCUUCCUGUUAGCUAAAGCUACACGCUACAUGUAAAAAUGAAAUAAUUAAAUUAAUUUGAUAUUGGUUAACCCUUAAAAUGUAAAUAACAAAAUGAUUAUUCCAAGGACUCCACCUGAGUUGGCUUCAGUCCUAAACUCAUGCUAGCGCUGUGACAAUAAUGACUUGGCUAACUAACCAUGAAGCUAGCCUCUAGCUUGCUAGCCUCAGAGUAUCUGAAGUUUCCCUGACGUCCUGCAGCACCACGCCUUGACUGGAUCAGGCCUAGAAAAAGCUGCAUUUUCCUAACAUGCGAAGUUUGUCCUCUAAACGUCUAAACAAACAAAAGGAGGUCAGCUUCAGAGACAAUCAGUUUACCCGUUUUAGUGUUUCUUAAGUGUGUGAGCCUGCGUCUAGCCGCGUCAAAGGGCUAGAUAACCUCGCGUAGCAUGACCUGGUUAUUAAUUCUGAAAGGCUAGUGGGGCAGGUUUUGUAUUUUCUUGUUUGUGUGCAGAUCAGUAUAGCCAGUUUUCCAUGUCAUAGUUAGUUUUUUCUAAACAUUAACCAACCUCGUAAACAAAUCCAGCCUGAGCGUCUCCCUGCAGACGUGGCCGCAGAUGGCCGGUUGAAGCACAAUAAGCACAGCUUCUGGGAUGGACGGUGCUGCACAGGGGCACCAGACCUCCUGCUUACUCCUGUUUGUAUGAUUUCUGCGAGACACAAUCAAGAGGGAGUGAACUGGUUCCUUCAGACUGUUCAAGUAGUUAGGAACUCAAAGUCCCAGCAGCCUCUGCAGAGGAAAUGUUUUACCCUCAGCUCCAUGAAGUCACAUUUGCCUUUUUUCUGUCAAUUUGACCAAAACUAAUAAAACAAACUAUUUAAUUGGGAAAAUGAGCUGUUAGGUUUAGAAUAACAAAUAAUGAUUCCAUUGCAUAAAUUUUUAGCUGUAGCUUAGCUAACACUGCUUGCCCUUUAGCUAAAGAUACUAACAGCAACCUGUUAGCUGUGAUUAGCUGCUGCUGAAUCCGAUCUGCUGUUAGCAUGGUAAAAAGAACCAGUUUCAUUCCUGUCUCCUAACUUUUAAAACAAACUGACUAAUAAAUGUUGUGAAGAACAGUCAAAUGCCACAAUGCUAAAGGGCUACGAGGCGGACGCUUGGUUUUGGUCUGCAUUUGCGAGGCCUCUUCCACAGAGGUGCUGAUCAGUCUGCAGCAGCUGCUGCUGUCGCUGUGAAGCAUCAGCCUCUGUGUGAACGGAUGAAGCUGAUUCCCUCUGAACGGUCCUGUUGGCGCUCUGCUCCCUCUGCAGUGGAAACGUGCACUCACCUGACUGUGUGUGUGUGUGUGUGUGUGUGUGGGCGGGCGUGUGUGUAUGCGCAGCCGUUUGAAUACUGGACUUCCACUCGAAUGCAUGUGAAUUGUUUUUAGGUGUAUUUAUUUGGAGGUCAGGCGUGCGUGUGUGAAUGUGAGCCGUCUUUCUACGAUGAUCGAGAAGAAGCCAUGUGUGAGAAUCUAACUUUGAUGCUGCAGAACUGUUAUGAGGAACUAAUGGUUUGUGUUGUGGACUUCACGGUCCAGCGGGCCGGCAUACAACUCGCAAUAAGAACCUCUGAAUUCAAAAGCUUUAUGUAGAUCUCCUGUAAAUGAGGGGUUGUUGGAGACCGUUGAUUCUGUCUUUAGUUUAGAGUUUUUCCUCUAUGAUUUGUUAAUGCAUAUACAACUGUGAAAAUCCACUGUGUUCAGUUAAAGGGUGACUUUUAGGUUAGAUUUUGUUUUUUUGCAUGUCAAUCUAAUGUGUUCAGUUAUGGAUAAUUUCUUUCUUUACAACUUCUACACAUAUAAAUAUAAAACUAUGUAAUCUCGCUCUCAGGGUCUUUCACAAAUCCAUCAUUGGAAAUGCUUUGUUCUCUCCUCUCCUGAGCGCAUCCACUCCAGAUCCACCCCCACCCUGCCCUUUUUUUGAAUUGGCGUCUUGGAUCUGUAAAUCACUACAUUCAGCACUUGACUGUGAACUCACCGUCACCUAACAGAAGAUGAGCUUUGAUUUGUGACACUCUCCCCGUUUUCUGCUUUCAACUGUGUCUACGGAUCAUGACGUUCAAGUGCACUGGACCUCAGUCACGCAGCAUUAACCCCACUGUCCUCCUGUGAUGGCCUCCUUUUGCGCCUCCUGCUGUGUGACAACAUGGCAGUGUUUCACUAAGUCAAGAGAUGUAAACCUCUAUAUUCAAACCAAUAGAAAAGCAAUAAAGGCUAUAUUAAGAAAA